GUUCAGCAGGUUAUUUUACAUUACUGGCUCUUACUGCUCAAAAUCUGAAGAAAUAGUUCAGUAGGUUUAUUCCCAACACCACAGUGUUUACAGUAGAUUUAAACUGAUUUCACUGAGGUGUUAAAAACUCAACGUGUUUCAACUCCAGCUCUUCACACAGGUAACUGAGUUUCUUUACACUGUUUUAUUUUUGUUGAACUACUACAGGGAAGAGAGAUCUGUAAAUUUCCAUUGUGUUUUCAGCAUGAUAAGUCCAGAUCAGGUCACUUCCUCCACCUCCAUCAAUUACAACCUGAGAACAAAGAAGUGCUUCAUGUUACUGCAUUUUCAUACACACCUCUGAAAUGUGUUUAUCUCAGCGCUGUAGGUGGAAUUCCUCUCAGUGGAGUAUGUGAAUAUAUUUACAGCAGAACCAUGUAUACUGUUUAAUGUAUAAUGUGUCAGGAAAGUUUACCAGAAGGGAAGAGGAGAUAAGGAAAUGUUGUGGAGAUGGAUUCUGACUCUCAGCUACUGGACUUGAGGACUGAUCAUGAAAACACACAUCCUUUUAAUGCCGAGCAAGUGGACGAGACGUCGUUCGGUACAGCGGCAGGGGUCAGUGCCUCCUGUCUCACUACAGCAGAGCUUCAGCAGCACUGGAGGGCAGUGAAACGAGAGGUCAGGGCUGUUAAACUGCUGUUUCAGAUCCCGUCCACCCGUACUAUAGAACACACAACGUCCAGAUAUGUGGUGUAUCAGAUAAUAGUGAUCAGGUCGGGGAGUUACGAUUGUAAGCACGUGGCCAUCGAGCGCCGCUACUCCGAGUUCCUCCACUUGCACUACGAGCUCCUUCAGGACUUCAGUGAGGAACUUGAGGAUGUCACCUUGCCCAAAAAGAGACUGACGGGCAACUUCUCCAAGGAGAACAUCAAUGAACGGCGCGUGACUCUCUGCGACUACCUGACCCAGCUGUACUCUCGGAGCUACAUCCGCCGCUCGCCUGCGUUUAUAGCCUUCUUCACUCACGCCGAGCUGAAGACGGCCUACCAUCUGCUGCGUGGAGGUCGCUAUUCUCAUGCCCUCGAGGUCCUGCAGAAUGCUCUAGUGCUCCAGGAGAAACUGUCUUCUCAUGAUCCGUCCUUGCUCGUGCCGACUCUGUGUGCACUGCUGGUAUGCCAGCGGGAUCUGGAGGAUUUCCACGCAGCUUUCCAGACCGGAAACAGGGCGCUGCCAGGAGUCAGGCGCUACGGACUGCGCAGGUAUCGUACCCCGCUGCUGGAGGCCAUGGUGGAUCUGGGCUAUAAAUUACAGCACCCUGUGGCUCAGUUACAAGAGGAGCUGAUCAGAGUUCAACACUCACCACACGCACUCCACACACAGAUGUCUCUGAAACAACUUGUGGUGCAAGAGUUUACAUAAACCAGGGAUCCUCAAAUCUGGCCCACAAGAUCCACAUUCCUGCAGAGUUUAGCUCUAACCUUAAUCAAACACACCUGAGCAUGCUAAUCAGUGUCAUCAGGAAUAUUAGAACAUCACAGGUAGAGGAGUUGGAUCAGGGUUGGAGCUAAACUCUGCACGGCAUUGGCCCUCCAGAGCAAAAUUUGAGUAACUCUGACAUAAACCAUACUUCUUGAAACGUCUAUGUCCACAACAAUGAGCAGAACUUUAUUAAAAUGUCUUCAACAUACCGGA